AUGCCGGGAGAUCACAACGAUGAUCCCGCCGCUACUGCCAGCCGGCUCGCGCGGAUGGCUAUGCAUAACAAAUCUGAAGCAUCAACCCCUUCGCAAUCCGCUCAACUCACGGUAUUGAGUGCAUGGAUGAAGGACCCGUUGAACCGGAGAUACAUCGACUAUGUCGGAAAGGUGACGAGCGUUGACUAUCUGAGGCAGCUGGGCGUUACUCAGCGUACGCUGAAGGAGUUUCGCGAGAUCGAGCGAGCCUCACAAGAAGCCUACCAGAGAGGCGCGGCAGGUACGAUAGUCAAGCCUGCAAGACCACACCCUGAAAAAGGAAUAGCACCAAUGACGUUGGAGUCGGCUGCAUUGCCACUUGAUCGAGCUCGUCAGGUCUCCGCCGAUCCAGGCGAUAUGAUGCCCUGUUCCGAUUUCCCAAGCUACCUGUACCCUUUCUCGGACCAAUUGGCACCGCCGCCCACACUUCCGCUCGACUGGUCAGGAGGUCCUUCGUCAGACACGGCGUUCACGGGAAACCGGUGGCAAACAUCCUUUGACGGGGGAGAAUGGGGUACUGUAGCAUGCCAGUACUCAGGGGAGGAAGGUGCGCACGCUACUGCUGCCUGUCCUUCACAGUGGUCGGCGGCAUCCUCGGCAUACCUUGCCCCGCCUGCGAGCACCCGCCGUCAUAUCGCCCGUUCAGUCUCGCCUCGUCCGCGACCAGGUCAUGCCGGGGGCCACCGCGGUCCCCGAGGCAUCAGCAAGGGAACGCAGGCGAGAUCGUCAUCUGCUACUCGGCAACAGCAACUGAAACACGCGUUUCCUAGUGGUCCGGGGCGAUACUCAUACCAAGAUUCGAGGUAUGUGAGCGGGGAGCCUACCGCCGAUCAGUUGGAGCAGCAGUUCCGAAACAUGGCGUGGAACUCAUCACUCGACUCUUCCGCCGCAGCUGAUCCUUGUCAGCCACGUCAGUCGAUGACCUCUGGCGCUUACGGCUACCAGGACUUCCCAUCCGACUCAGUACGACAGCAGGUCAACUCUGCGCACGCAACGCCCUACACCGCCCUACAACCCUCUCAUACGCUCGCCGCCCCCCACUACAACUACCGCGCAGAUCUGCAAGACACAGACCCUUACCUAUCCUUCGACGGAGCAGGCCUCGCCGCGCUCGAGAGCGACGACACUGAGUACCCGCCUGGCGACAUUGACUGGACACACGGGGAUCUACCUCUGACAAUGCAAGCAAACACUCACCCCGGCUCAAUGGACACAGAGCCGUUCAUGCUCAACAAUCCAUACCUUCAGCCACCGCCUAGGGGUGAAACCGGAUUCCAGUCCUAUCCUGAAUGA